AGAGAUGCCAUCGUACCACCACUAGAUGCGGGGAAUGACAAAAAAGAUCGGAAUAGUCACACAUCGCAAUUAGAGCCAAUGGAAAAACUAGCUUAACGUGUGGACUUGUUCACAAGAUCAGUUGUGAACGUGCGGGGGAGCGAUUUUAUUGGCUGCUUGAUAGGGGUAAAUUGAAGAGCGUGUGAUGGAGGUUUUACCUCUGUGUGGCUACUGUGGCUAAGUGUUCCGAUAAUGCAUUCAGUUGUGUACAGGAGAGUCAGUCCGAGUCGGUGGGGAACCGUUGGUCAGACGGCCGCCACGGUGAUGACGUAGAAGCCCCGGGGGAGUAGAGGGACAAGACGAACCUCCAGGGAAACAACCUCUACCUAGGGAGCGUGUCACAACAUCUCAGCACUCUCUAGGAUGGAAUGAUGUGGCCUAGAUUUCCUGAAGGAUAUUGCCUCCGCUCUUUCUGGAUAUGGGAGCGCUGAAGGCUGUCUUGCUAGUCUUGACAUUUCUCAAGCAGCGAUACCGCUGUCCACGCGAUAGUGCGGAGAGGUCUUUGCAGUUUGCCACUAUCGGCUACAUGUAUAUGAAAUGGCAAGUGGACGCGAGCAGUUACAAUGGAUAGAUUUACCUACGGAUUAUCAGCUUUUCACCUCCUACUUUGUGUAUUGUGAGCUAGCGUGAUGUGAUUGUCACCGCUCCAAAUCGCCGAAUAUGCAUGCCCUAUCGAGGCAGCAGCCCUUCUCAUGAAUAGACGGUGUAGUUGUACAAUGAAGUAGUUGCAUGUCGUCCACCCGGUUGUAGACAUCAGGGGGCACGCCGUGGGGUGUAAGAGGAACGUGCAAUCAAGACAAGCUAUGCUUACGUGUUUCCAUCGGUUUGGAGGACAAUGCAUUGGAUCAUAGUGUGCAGCAUCUGGUCGGUCACCUCAGCGUUCAGUGGGCCACAGCUACCAGUAAUCAACAUAGGUGCCGUCUUCGAUACGGUUGAGUACGACAACUUCAAGAAGGUGUUUUAUGCAGCCGUCGACGACUUCAAUAACUCCAGUAAAAAGAUCCACAUAUUCGGUGACGCUGUGACCGCCCAGAUGGGUCUGCGUGACACCAUUAGUCUGACCUGCAGUAUGCUGGAACAGAAAAGCAUCCAUUUGUUCUUGGUGUUUGGCAAUGCGAGUACGAUUCACUCCAUUAAUAACAUCGCAGAAUACCUGGGAAUACCCGUCAUGGGAUACAUGACGGAUAUGAGGGAGAAGCACGUCAAGAUUCACAGCAGUCUCUACCUGAACCUGCUGCCGUCCAAGACCCACCUGGCCUCUGGCCUGGUCAAGAUGAUGCAGGUGAACUAUUGGUACCGGUUCACAUUCCUCCUGGAAACAGACCUCGCCGACGACGGUUUCUAUACUGUGCUUAGGGAGAAGACUCAAGCAAAGAAGUGGAAUGUGGAGGUGUAUAGGAUGUCUCCAGCGAUGAACACAAGCAAGAAUAUAGAAAACUUUUUGUCUUCACUUCGUGGCAAUACGUCAAGGAUAUUUGUGCUACACACGGGCAUUGUGCUUGCCGGAAGGAUAUUUCGCGCAGCUAGAAAGCUGUCGCUAGGAGAGCAAGAAUUCGCAUGGAUUAUUACUGAGAAUGCGUACACACUGGAUGAUGACAUCAUUAGGGGUUACCCGCCCGGUUCUUUAGCUUUCCUCAUGAACAACGAGUUCUGCAUGAGCGAACUCCUGCAGGAUAGCGUCUCAUUCAUCGGCACGUCGUUCGAGGAACAUACCCAUGUCAUCAAGGAACAUACUCAGCGACAGAAGCAUGGAUGUUAUCCUAAGCGUAUUACUAAGGAAAGAUUUCACCAUAACCCUGUAUAUAGAGCGCUGCAUGAAACUGCAAUAUAUGGCAAGACGGGUGCCCUCCAGUUCGACAUGGAUGGUAACUUAAAGACUAUCAAAUUACGUGUGAGGAAUCUUGUGUUCGAUGGGAAAAACAACGUGUGGCGGGAUAUUGGGUGUGUUCAAGGUGACGACAUCCGCCCUUUCGGCAUUAUCUGGCCAGGGGAGGCAAAUCUCAUCAGUUCCCAGCCACCGGGGAAAAAGAAGUAUCGGGUGGUGACCAAUCCCGUACAACCCUUCGUUAUGCAAGAGAAACCUCACGCCGACUAUAGCGCAUGUUUAACUGAUACAACAUGUCUGAACAUCACCUCCAAAAAUAAGUCCAUGGCCAUGGCUGCGAUAGAGGAUUAUGAGAGGGGGGUCAUGAACGAGAAUAACACCUAUACUGUCCACUGUUGCCGAGGACUGACCAUUGACCUCCUCAACAAACUGGCCAGUGAUUUGGACUUCGAUUUUACCUUGUAUAUCGUCCAGGACGAGACAUACGGGACAAUGACGAACGGCACCUGGAGCGGUAUGAUGUGGGAUCUUAUUGAGGGCACGGCUCAUUUCGCUGUUGGGGCUUUCAGUAUUACAAAACCAAGAACAAAAGCCAUUGACUUCACGGAUCCAUACUUUUUCUCCGGUUUUUCCAUCAUGUACUCCGAGAAGACGCGAGAAACAAACAUGGAUGCGUUUCUCGAGCCUUUUUCCAUUGAUGUGUGGUUUGCUAUUUUUGUUAGUGCGACGUUGACUGCCAUUGCUAUGGGUAUUUUUGAGUGGAAUAGUCCGUUUGGGUUGAACCCUUGGGGGCGGAAGAGGAAGGCCAACUAUACCUUGGCCUCAGGUCUGACCAUGGUGUACUCUGUUUUGUUUGGGCACACAGUGAAGACAAAGUCCCCGAAGGCGUGGCCUAGUAAGGUGAUGCAGAAUUUCUGGGCAUUUGCAGCUAUCUUCAUCAUUGCCAGCUACACUGCCAACCUCGCCGCCUUCAUCGCAGGCAAACACGCGGGGAUACACUACAACGAUAUCAGCGACGUCAGGCUGCAGUCUAUACGGGUGGGUGUGUUACCGGGCAGUGCAGUGGAACAAUUCCUCAAGAAGAUCCAAAACAAGCUAUAUGAGGUCUCCAGUAACUACCCCGUGUCUAAGACUGACCGGGGGAUUGAGGAGGUGCUUGAGGAGAAACUGGAUGCCUAUUUAGGGGACUACCCAAUACUUGACUAUGCAAGGGCUCAUCUGGCCCCUAACUGUGAGUUGAAGCUCCUAUCGCAAAUCUUCGGAGAUGACCGAUAUGGAAUAGGGCUUCCCAAGGGUUCUCCGCUGAAGGUGGCGCUGUCAAGGAAAAUUAUGGAGUACCAUCAGAGUGGCUACAUCGACGACCUCAUCGACGUUCACUUCGCCGACGCUCAGUGUUUCAAACAGCGAAUAACGCAGGAGGAAUCUCGUCUGGAGGUGCAACAUCACGCGGGACUUUUCGUGAUGAUGAGCGUUGGGAUUAUCAUCGGGAUUAUUGUGUGUUUUGUGGAGCAUGGUGUGUACAAAUGGCUAGUACCUCGUUUUCGAGCAUCACCAGGCGACAGUCAAUGGAAGAGUUCGCAUAUGUUGUUCUUUAGUCAGCGUCUCCACAGAGCAGUGACAAGUGCUGAACUAAUUUCUGCGCAUGAUUCAGCCAAGGAGAUGAUCUGCAUUGUGCGGAAUCGGGAGUUUGCCCGGCUCUUUCAGAAAAGUACCAUUCGGAAAAACAAACUUGCUGACAUGGCGAAAACGAAGCGGAUAAAUCGGAACUUUUAUGACAUCGUUGCCAAGGCUAAAUGCGAAGAAAGGACCAGGAUGCAGGAGAUGAAAGACAACAACUUGAUGGAUGACUCAGGCAACGCCGAUUCAGAAAUCAUCGAGAUCCCCCUGAAGGAUCUCAGUAUUAAUAUUGAGCGGCAGCCGCCCAAAGCUGAGGACCGACCUACUCCGCCCAUCCCGUCGUCCGCGGGCAACCACGAGGAAGAGGAGGAGGAGGAGGAGGAAGAAGAAGACAUGAGCCACUCCCAGGAGUGUCUGUUGUCCGAGGCUAGCAGGGACCGGUCGGAGCCCGGGUGUUCUGACUCAUACUAUAAAGGAACGGAUGACACGAACUCGUCAAUCCCUUCAUUGGACGGAGCAUUCUGUGAUGACUCUUUAUGUGAUCCGAACGAACUCCCCAAUAACAAUAACACGCAGUCGUACGCCGCCUGCGCGGGGAGGAGUCCGCCAUUGUUACCGAACUGCGUGCGGCUUGACUCGCUUCCUAACGGCCACCUGGUGUCAGGUGACGAAGACUCUCCCUCCACUGAUAACUUUGCAAACAACCGACUAGAAAAUCAAAGCAAACUGUUCAAAGCGUUGACUGAUGAUAGUCACAAUUAUAUGUCUUCCAUGUAUAGUAAGUCCCUCUUACCCAAGACAAACAACAUGGUUCGAUCCUUACUCCACAAAACCCAGUCAUACCAGGAUCAUCUAUGUUCUGCGGACGACUCGAUACCCGGGAUCUUCUGCAUAGAGAAGAUCUCUAAGGAGGAACUGCUAGUCAUGUGGAAGACAUCAGAGAUAGAACUCAACAAACGCUUAGAACAAGCCUUGAAAGAAAAGGCAAGACUUGAAAGGAAGUUAGCACAAUUACAAAAACAUUCACCAGUAUGAAAGUUGUUUAUAAUGUUUUUGGCUCAAAUUAUCCGUUAGAAUGGCUUGUGAGGCGCCUGUAUGGUCCUACAGCGGCUUGUGAGGGGCAUUCUUGUUUGUGUAUAUGUGAGGAGUCUAGUCAGUGGACUGGGUCGUAAUAUGUUUUGGCUACGUACUGGCUUGUGGGACGCCUGUCUCAUCCAAGUACGAGCUUAUUAGGCUAUUGUCUGGGUCAUGAACUGGUUUGUGAGGUGCCUCUCUAGGCAAUGCACUGGUUUAUCAGGCGUCUGUCUUAGCCGUAAGGCGCCUUGACCAUAUACUGGACACCCGGCUCUAUGAUGCCUGGGUUGAAUUGGCGUGGUCAUCUGUGUCCACUUCCUGUGAGCGUUGCAAUAGUCACUGGACGGAUCUGUCUUUCGAUACUGCGUCCAACUCUGCUGCCACCUCAGGUGUUGUGUGUUGAUCAGAGCUAUGUGAUUGGGGAGCAGGUGCAAGGAUAGACUGGCGCUAUAUACGACUGAACUCAAAGCUUUCGGAUAUCUGAAAGAGGAUCUGGCAGACAGAGAAAUAUCCUCGCGUGUGUCCUGACGAACAAGAGUUAUUUUGCUGAUUUUUUUGUGCGUAAUCUCCAACACAGAGAAAUACUUGCGGGUAGUGUGUAACCACUGUACAUUAUGUAUUAUAUUUAUUGACUACAAAUCUACAGAUAUUCUUUUAUAAUUCCAAUACAUAUAAGAUUUAUCACAUGACAGACCCUGGAGAGUAUCUUCACUAUCAUUUUGAGAAUUUACGUGUAUUUCAAUUUUGCCUUGAGAGGUUGUAGGUGUACUACUGUACUGUGACUUGCUUGCGAUACACGUGUUUCCACUGUCGUUUCCAUUGCACUAUAGCCCCAACCUCUAUGGACGGACGCACAAGUCUCCAUACCGACGGACAAACAGACACAUACAGUCCUUCUAUUCGCCUUCUGUUUCAUAAUGUGCUAUAUAUUCCAAGUUAUUUGUUUGUACAUAAAAGCUUGUGUACACAUUGUUCAUUCAGACUGCUUUUGUGCUGCACGUGCUCCACGUGCUAGAAACGCUCCUCUAUGACUGCUUCAACAAAGUGUAAAUGUUGUGUAAAUACCUCAGACUAUUCACUGUAAAGUCCUGAUGAAUAUCUGAAUCUUAACAUAAACCUCUCCUGUACUAAUAGCCGCCUUCCAGUUGGUCAUGUAUAUCAUUCAGAUGUCUUGUUAUGUAUCGAGGAUGUUUUCUCCACUGUUUAUCCCCUGUUCCUGUUUGUAAAAGAUAUUUAUCAUGCACAAUAGAAAGAAAUAUGCCUCUUCAUUCAACAGUUACACUUUGUGGAAGUGAACUAUUCUUUAACCAGUGCCUGUUUCUCUACACAUUUCUAAAUGUGCUAUAUUUGUCAGAUUUACUACUGGACUAAAUGUUACAUAUAUUGUAUACAUAUCCGCAGUUGUAUAUCGUAAAGCAGAUAGAUAACAUGUACUGGACUAUCGUUUGUUACAUACGUCUAUCUACUGUUAGCUAAUUCUCACUCAUUUCCUCACUCAAAGCAACAACGAAUGUUACAGCAGCCGAGUCAGUUACAUGCUGGCGCAUGGAGGCAUUGAGACCACCAUUCAUCGUUCCGACCUGCGUCAGCCUCGUUCCCGAUCUGCGUCAGCCUCGUUCUGGUCUACAUGUUUGUCUUCCUAUUCUGUAGGUCCACCAAGUUGUGUUGCUUGUGACUACGGAGUUAUCCCCCUUUUUUAAUAAGACUGUUCUUGUAAGACUGUUUAUUAUUAUCGAUUUUACCAAGUGUAUAUUCCAGCUAUAUUUCUGCUGGCAAUGUCAGGGCCAGUAGGCGGGUACUGUGUCCUCGUUAAGCGUAACCUGAUGUUCAUGGUUUUGUGAACAAAAUGUUUUAAGUCAAAAAUACGGGUCGCGUCAAGCAAAAACCACCUUUCACCAAACCGAAUAGUCAACCUACGUGCGUACAUCUCAACGAUAUCAUUACAGCAAUGCUCAACGGGAAACCCCCAUCACUCGUAGGUAUCAGUCUUGUAAUCGACGGUGAAGCGCAGUUCCCACGGUGAUGUGAGCCAUCAACGAUCAAGCGUAUACUCAUCAUCAUGUACAUAUAUAAUAAUAUAUUUCUUAGUAUUUAACUAUAGCGUCCUUUCAUGACGUGUAGCCUCGCAGUGGAGGUGUGCUGGGAGUGCCCCUCCUGUUGGAGACAAUUAUGUAGGUUAUACGUAGUUAGGGCCGGCAUAUGUUAAAACCUGGACCUUACUAUGGUUGAUUAAGGUUCGACCUACAGUUAUAGCAUUUGUUACGGGUAGUUUCUGCGUGGCCGUUGUUAAGCAGAACAGAAGGUUCAUGCUCAGGGUUAGUGAACGAGACAGCCUAGCCCCGACCAUGUACAAUGAACCACGUUCAGAGCUGAACACCCAGACAAUCCAGCUCUGAUCAUGGUCAACGAAUGAACAUCCGUUGUGAGGGCUGGUUAACGAGACAGCCCAGCCCUGACAAUGGAUAGACAUACGAAAAUCCAUGCUUUGGGACUGCGACAUUAUAUUGACGGUAAUGGUAUGAGAGGCACCACACAUCAUUGCUAUCAGCUGAACAUUCUGAGCUUUUUAGCCUUUGAACUUUGAUACCAUUUUACGUUGGUAUCCUUCCCAUUUGACCUUGACCUACGGUUAGUGAGCAUCACUGUUUGGUUUGUUUGAGACUAUUCUCAGUAGAUGCAAGGUUGGUUGUUGCCUGGCGUGUUGUUUCUUUCAUUUUGUUAUUCGCAUAAUGCGAAUUUAUUUCAAAGGAACCCAUAUAUUUUACCCCGUAUUUUUCUCGACUGUGAUGUUCCCUUCUGUUGCAGGUGUAGCUAGCAACAUGGGUAAUAGACGCCCACAAGUGGAGGUUUUGUAGGAUUUAGAUGAGUUACCUCCCCUUACACUACGCGACCGCCUCACGGUGGCAGAUUAUACGUAAGGGCAGGUAACUCGGUAUGUAUGAUUGUGAUUUGACCUACUUUAUUGCCAGACGUGUGGCUGAGUGGGGAUACCGUCAUUAUGCAAUAUUUUAUUGUUAUCCAUGACUGAUUAUCAACUACAUCAAUAAGAUUUCCACGUAAGCUUUCCAUUUUCAUCGCAUUCAGUUAGAAUAAUAUUCAUUUAUGAGAUCAUUGUUUCAUUUGAGAGAAAUAAAUUUGUAAAUACUAAAUAAAUAAUUUUGCUGUA